UUAUUUUUAUUUUUUUUUAUUAUUUAUUAUUUACUAUUUAUUGUCUGUUUAAUCACUUGAUUUGCAUAUUUUCCAUCUGAUAUUGGGUGGGGCAUCUGAUAGUCCCUGUCCUCAGUUGCUCCUUCCUCUCUCGUAUAAAGCGUCACUUCCAGCAACAACGACUUCCCUCACCAUCUCUCCUCCCUCUCCCUCCCUCCCUCUCCCUCUUUCUCCUCUCUUCUGGAGAUGCUCUUCCUCUUCGUUCUCGCCCUGCUCGGGCUCUGUAAGCCCCUCCUGGCCAAAGAUGUCGUCUACAACUUCAACGUCUCCUGGGUGACUGCCAACCCCGACGGUCUGGCCGACCGCAAGGUCAUCGGCAUCAACGGCGCCUGGCCGCUGCCCGUCAUCAACGUCGACAAGGGCGACCAGUUGAUCGUGCACAUGUACAACGGCCUCGGCGACAAGAACACCUCCAUCCAUUUCCACGGCAUGUACCAGAACGGCACCAACGACAUGGACGGCCCGUCGAUGGCGACGCAGUGCCCGAUCCCGCCCGGGUCCAGUUUUACGUACAACUUCACCGUCAACCAGAACGGGACGUACUGGUACCACUGCCACACCGACUGGUGCUAUCCGGACGGCUACCGCCAGGCGCUGGUCGUGCACGACAGCGACGCCUACUUUGCCGGCGAGAUCGAGGAUGAAUUCACCGUCACCAUGACCGACUGGUACCACACGCUGGCCGAAGACAUCAAGCCCGAGUUCAUGUCGCUGUACAACCCCACCGGCGCCGAGCCCAUCCCCAACGCCUUCCUGUUCAACGACACGCUGGACACCUCGCUGGCCGUCAAGCCCAACAAGACGUACAUGCUGCGCCUGAUCAACACCGGCGCCUUUGUCGCGCAGUACUUCUACAUCGAAGACCACGAGUUCACCAUCGUCGAGAUCGACGGCGUCUACACCGAGCCCACGACCGCGGACAUCCUGUACCUCGGCAUCGCCCAGCGGUACUCGGUGCUGGUCAAGACCAAAGACACGGCGACCAAGAACUACGCCAUCGUCACCAUGGCCGACUCCACGCUGCUCGACACCAUCCCCUCGGACCUGCGUCUCAACCUGACCAACUGGCUCGAGUACGACGCCUCCGCCAGCCAUCCCGAGGCCGACAUCACCGUCUCUGUCUCCUCCGAUCUGGAUCCCUUUGACGACUCGACGCUGGUCCCCUACGACCACAUGCCGCUGCUGACGGACCCCGUCGUGAGCAUCAACGUCGCCGUCGUCAUGGCCAACCUCGACAACGGCGAGGGCUACGCCUUUCUCAACAACAUCAGCUACACGGCCCCGAAAGUGCCCACCCUGUACACCGUGCUGAGCGCCGGCGACCUGGCGACCAACGCCCUCGUCUACGGCGAGUUCACCCACUCGCACGUCCUGCCGCACAACGGCGUCGUCGAGAUCAUCCUCAACAACAACGACACGGGCUCCCACCCCUUCCAUCUGCACGGCCACAACUUCCAGGUCCUGCAGCGCUACCCGUCCUACGGCGCAGACUUCUUCGACUACGCCUCGGGCGACCCCCACAACUACAACGCCGCCACCAACGGCACCAGCGGCUUUCCCACCUAUCCUGCCCGUCGCGACACCCUCGUCCUGCCCCCAGGAGGAUACUUUGUCAUCCGCUUCGUCGCCGACAACCCGGGCGUCUGGCUCUUCCACUGCCACAUCGACUGGCAUCUGAUGCAGGGGCUCGCCAUGACCAUGGUCGAGGCCCCCGACCAGAUGCAGCAGCGCCUCACCAUCCCGGACGACCACUACGCCGCCUGCAAGGCCGCAGGAGUCAAGACAGAGGGCAACGCCGCGGGCAACGACGUCGAUUUCACCGAUCUCACGGGCCAGAACGUCCAGCCCGGCUGGCUGCCCGCAGGCUUCACCACCAGGGGUAUCGUCGCGCUGGUCUUCUCCGUCGCCUGUGCCUUCCUGGGCAUGGGAUCUAUUGUCCUCUACGGCCUGUCGGAUCUCAAGUUUGUCAACAAGGACGAUGCCAUUGCCACUUCGGCGCCGCAGGAGCAAUACCAUGACGAGCAGUAGUUUUUCUUUUCUUUUUUUUUUUUUUUUUUUUAGAAAAAAAAAAAAGA